GCGCCCCUUCGUGGAGGCCUGAGCGCUGGAGUGAGUGGAGGGAGGAGGGAUGCGGUUGCUGUGUCAUCUCCGUGGUUCACGGGUGCGUCCUUUUCUCACGUUGCGAGGCGGAACACGGUUUUUAUUGAGUCUUCUGGCGAUGUCCUUGAUCUUGUCUGCUUCCGUGGUGCGAGUGAGAGAUGGACUUCCUCUGUCUGCCUCGACUGACUAUGAACAGAGUGUUGGCAUGCAGGAGUGUAGGAAGUAUUUCAAAAUCCUUGCAAAGAAACUUGCUGAGCUUCCAGAUAGAUGCACGCUGAAAGCAGGAAAAUAUAGCAUAAAUUUCAUUAGUUCCUUGGGAGUGAGUUACAUGAUGUUGUGCACUGAAAAUUACCCCAAUGUCCUCUCCUUCUGCUUCCUGGAUGAGCUUCAAAGGGAAUUCAUCACCACGUACAACAUGAUGAAAACAAAUACAGCUGUUAGACCCUACUGUUUCAUUGAGUUUGACAAUUUCAUUCAGAGGACCAAGCAGAGAUAUAAUAAUCCACGGUCUCUGUCGACAAAGAUAAACCUUGCUGACAUGCAAACAGAAAUCAGGCUGAGACCACCGUAUCAAAUUUCCUUGUCUGAACUGGGUUCACCUAAUGGAUUACCACAUACGUCCCUUAAGGACUACAAAGGUACUGGGAAAAUAUCUACAGCUCCACACCAGCGACUGGAACCUGUGACGCUGUCAGGGAUUGUUUCCUUUGUACUCAGCCUUUUAUGUGGAGCUUUGAAUUUAAUUCGUGGCUUUCAUGCUACAGAGAGUCUUUUGCAGAAUGAAGGCGAAGACUUCAGCUACGUCAUUGCCUUUUUCAUUGGCACAGCAGCUUGUUUAUACCAGUGCUAUCUGUUUGUAUAUUGUACAGGCUGGCGAAACAUGAAAUCCUUCCUAACCUUUGGCUUAAUCUGCCUAUGCAACAUGUAUCUCUAUGAACUGCGCAACCUUUGGCAGAUCUUCUUCCAUGUGACCGUGGGUGCUUUUUCAACCUUGCAAAUCCGAAUAAGGCAGCCGCAAGGGAAGUCCCCAGAUUACAAUGUGUGACGGUUGUCCUGUGAACGCGGCAGCCUUGAGCCGAGCAGUAUUCCCCUCAGGAAUGACAGGCUUUUCUGUCAGAGAGAAGCUCCUCCUACUUGAAGGCAUAAAUGACUUGACAGUGAAAUUCUUCCUCAAAUGAAGACGUGGAAAAGGAUUUGGGAACUAAUUGGGGGACAAAUGAGGUCCUCCGCUCUGCAGCAGGAAAAUGUACUCUGAAGGGGAAAGAACCCCUCAAGAAGUCUGGAGGGCAGCAGGAAAAACUCCACAUUCAGAACUAUGAAAAAGGCAAGGAUGCGUCUUGGACUCGUUCUGCAUAUCAAGUGAUUUCUGCAACCCCAAACCAGUUUUGCCUUUGUGAGGCAGUAGAAUAGGCUGUAAUAAAAGGAUGGCAUUGCAUAUUAACAAACUGUUCAGUAUGAAUGAAUUCCUAAAUGCCAGAUUAUUGGAUUGCACAUCAAUUUAAUGGUGUGUGUCCGCGUUUUCCUUAAUUAAAACCUCACCCGGAAACCAUCUGUUCAUGGGGAUUAGCGCCUGGGCCCCGAAGGCUUGCCUUCUAGUUCUGAGUUAAUUAUGAAUUGCUUUACUCUUUUUUUUUUUUUUUGCCUGUGCAGUUUGUUUGGAAAGAGAUUUGGAAACUGACCUGUCUCCCCCGCCCUUCCCCUGUAAAUAACAUCACAUGCGAUCUUCAGACCCUUGAUCUAAUGAUUGAGGGAUGAAAAGAAGUUGGCUGAGGAGGGGCAGACCAAGCUGCAGAAGGUUUUUUCCUCUUCUCCGUUUGAUGUGAGAUAAUAACAGAAGCUGGGCCUCAUGCAGGCAGUUGACUAGCCUGAUUGGGAAAGAGCCGAAUCUCAAGCAAUUCUGGCUUGAAUUAGAUGGGCAAGAACCCUGUCUGGGAACACAGGGAACACUGAUAGCUUUUUGAUCACUGAGCUGUAUGUUUGUACACAGCAGGUCUGUUGUAGGAAGAGAUGAGCAACCUAAGAAAUUAGAUGAGUGAUGCAGAGUUUUUUUCACCCAUCACAAUCAGUCAGGAACCUUACGCUUCUUUAGGAAAUGUGUUUCCUUUAUAGACUAGACUAUGAUUAUUCAUUUGUUUUUUAGAAUCACAAAUAGGCCUUUUUGCAAUUUCUCUUCUUGUUUGUGCAAGGAGUGAGGUUUUCAGAAGUAUAGUAUUCCUUGCAAAUGCGUAAGAAUGCUAUGUGUGAAUGCUUAGCUCCUCCUAGACUGUGCCGUGCAUAUUGGGAGAGCUUGGAAGGCCAGUAUUUUCUGCAAAAGUAGUCUCUAGUUUUCUGGAGUAGUCUCUAAACAUUCAGAAAUAUUUGAGCUCUGUGAGAAGACUAAAGGAGUUGGUGGCCAUUCAUAGACCUCCAGAGGCAUAUCGAGGGGAAAUGGUGCCUGGGGACCAUGGUGCCUGCUCCGGGUGCCCCCCUUGCCCCCCUGCACUUGGGGGUGGCUGGGACAGGCACCGUAGUAGCAGGCCGCGCCCAUCCGAGCCACCCCUCUCCUCCCUCCAGGCCACCUCCUGCCCUCCACAGGCCCAGGGGAGGGCAGAAGCUGGCCUGCAGGGAGGUGGGGGUAGGGUGGGGCAAGACACUGUGGCGGGCAGCCCAGGAGCUGACCUAACACUGCAGUGCCCGUCCAAGCUGCCCCCUCCCCCAAGGGCCUGGGGAGGGAAGGAGGCGGCUUGGACAGGCGCCGCCACAGCAGGCCGGCUCUGUCUUUAGGUGCUUCCUCGUGCCGACCCAGCUGUUAUGAGCCAGGUUGGCACAGGGGAGGAUGGGGGUGGGGUGAUUUUGUGGGGCCCUGCUGCUGUUGUGGGGCCCUGCUGCUGUUGUGCCUGGGAUCAUUUGACUCACCUGUCCUGAGGGCGGAAUGCCACUGCAGACAUCCCAAAUCAUCAGCUAGUUAUAAGAUUAGUGAGCCUCUCAUUGCAUUGGGGCAGUACAGAAUUGUGUAACCAAGUCGCAUCUACUCCAGGGAGAUAGGCAUGGAAAAAGAUUCCACUAGGUAAUUUUUGUGUGUAUUCUUGUGUUGAAUAACUGCAUAAUUGAUUCCUGACUACGAGAUCUAGUGUUUGGCUUCCAAAGGGGAUAAUCUCAAAUGAGAUGUGCUAGAACAGGUUUCUUUGUUGACUAGUCCAGUGCGAAGAUCCUGUGCAGCAGUGUUUUGCUGCUGUUUUACGUAUGUUUUUAUUUUUUUACUGUUGCUUUUAUGUUCAACAUAACUAAGCUCUUGUGCCCUAUCCAGGUAAUAUUGGGUGUAGCAUGAGCUCAGAGUGUACUGUAGGUGGGUGGACUUCAGUUAAUUGUGGUCCACUGGAUAACCCCUUUGUAGAGAACUUGUAUGAUCCCCCAAAAAACAGACCAGAGGACCUUGGUUUGAAUCCCUGUUAUGCCUGAACUGUCAAGAUAUUCUGAGCAUGCUCAUGUUGUGAAUUAACUCACACUGGUCAGUAAUUGAUAUCCUGAUUUCCAUAAUAAGUAAACCACACAUAUUUCAACUAAUCUCUUCAGCUCCUAGUCUUUUGGGCGCUUCCUCUACUUUUGUUGUAAUAUAUCUAGGUUCCACUAGGUGGUGAUGCUAGUAAACACUUUGAAAAGGUAAAA